UUUCUUCUGAAAUGAGGAUAAAUAAAACAUUAACGAUGACAAUUUUUUAUUAAUUUGCUGCAUGGGAUGGGUGCAGGAAAGUCUUACAUUUCUAUUCAUAUUAUUACUAAACAUACCAGAGUAGGAAUGGGGACCCAAAAUAUUGGUAAAACUGAUUGGAUCCGGAUUUGUAACUCGGAUUUAUAUAGUUAUGUGCGACCAUUUUUUUUCCAUGCUUAGUCUCCAAUUAGAUAAUUCGUCAUUUUGUCUAAUAAAUCAAUAAAAGAUCCUGAUUCGGAAAAUGAGAUUGUGAAAGUUUUCACUGAAUCAUUUUUCAAAUCAGGCUGAGUUCAUACCAGAGAACUCAGAAUUUGUUGAAUUGUAUAAAUAUUAGUAGCAAAAAUAAAAAGUUCAAAUUUAAGUCUGUAUUGAUGGAAAUAAAGAGAGAUGACAAUGGUAGUAGUAGCAGCUGUGGAGGAGGAGAUAAAUCUCACCUGAACAACGUAGAGGUAGGAGAUGGAGAAGCAUCAUCACCGCUUUUGAGGUCAACUGUUUUUUUGGAUCACGUUGGGGAAGUGUUUCUCACUCUCAAUUCUGGUGGGUUGUCUUGGAAAUUGCUAGAUUCCUUCGAUAAUUUACAGAAUGAAUCAACUUGUUUGGGAAUUAAAUUUGUUCCCAAAGUUGCAACUGAGAUAAAAUUUUCUGAUGUUUAUGGUGUGGAGUCCAUCAACUAUGGUUUGAUUCAUGGAUCAAUUCACCCUAAUGUUGGGAAGUAUAUUUUGAGUCGCAAGUCUCAUGAAUCUCAGAUGCAUCGCUUUAAAGUACAUGGUGUCCAAAAGUCUCAGACUCAGCCUUGUCUGUGGGUCCUGACCACUUACACUUUUGGUCACAAGGAUUCUGAGACAUGUCAGAUGUGGGUUAAUCAAAUUAAUUCUUCACUGAAGAUAGAAGUGGAGAGACCAAAGAAUCUUCUGGUUUUCAUUAAUCCAAGGAGUGGCAAAACAAAUGGCUGUAGGACCUGGGAAACUGUUGCUCCUGUUUUCUCACGUGCUGGUGUUGAAACAAAGGUGGUUGUGACACAGAAGGCAGGACAUGCAUUUGAUGUGAUGGCAUCUCUUGCAAACAAGGAACUGAAUUCAUAUGAUGGUGUUAUAGCUGUAGGUGGUGAUGGUUUCUUCAAUGAAAUCCUUAAUGGAUUUCUUCUUUCUAGGCAUAAAGCCCCUUUCCCACCAUCUCCUUCAGACUUGCGGCAUUCUGAUGAGAACAAAGGCAACGGUUCAGUCCAUGAGUCAAAUGAGAUGUGUCAUGGAACUGCUUACGAAAAUGGAGACAGUUCUCCUCUUAUUUCAAGUUCUACCUGUGAUGGACCAGAAUUCGGUAGUUUCAGAUCUGAAGAUGGUCUUUGGCACUCAGAUCAAGAUGUCGAGUUUCAUCACCUCAGGAAACGGUUUAGGUUUGGAAUUAUUCCUUCUGGUUCAACAGAUGCAAUUGCGAUGUGUACAACCGGAACACGAGAUCCUAUGACAUCUGCUUUGCACAUUGUCUUGGGCAAAAGGGUGUACCUUGAUAUAGCUCAAGUUGUGAGAUGGAAAACAUCAUCUACAUCAGAUAUUGAACCUUGCAUACGCUAUGCAGCUUCUUUUGCAGGGUAUGGAUUUUAUGGAGAUGUUAUAACAGAGAGUGAAAAAUACCGCUGGAUGGGCCCCAAACGAUAUGAUUAUGCAGGAACACAGGUGUUUUUGAGACACAGGUCGUAUGAGGCAGAAGUAGCAUACAUAGAAACUGAAGCAGAAAAGAAAAAUCCAACAGCUGAGAAAGGUCAUCUACUUAGCAGAAUGAAAUCAGUGUGGGGUCUUGAAAAGGAUAGAGCGAUUUGUCGCAUAAACUGUAGUGUCUGUAACACAAAGCCUGUUUACACGUCUACAAGGAGUCCCAGGGCAACACCUUAUUCACGACCGGAAGAAAUUAGAUGGCGAAGACGCAAAGGAAAUUUUCUUAGCAUUGGUGCUGCUGUGAUCUCUAACAGAAAUGAAAGAGCACCUGAUGGUUUGGUGGCUGAUGCUCACCUUUCCGAUGGUUUCCUGCAUCUCCUGUUGGUUAGAGACUGUCCUCGUGCUUUAUAUUUAUGGCACCUUACCCAGCUUGCAAAGAGAGGUGGAAGGCCCCUGAAUUUUGAGUUUGUGGAACACCAUAAGACCCCAGCGUUUACAUUUACUUCUUUUGGUAAGGAGAGUGUCUGGAAUUUGGAUGGUGAGCUCUUUCCUGCACAUAAACUCUCAGCACAAGUAUUUCAAGGGCUUAUCAGCUUAUUUGCAUCUGGUCCUGAAGUUUAGCUAGACUACCUUCCAGAUGGAUCUCGCAGUCUGUAAUCAAGUUAUUCGAUACUGCAGUUUUGUAUUCGGAUAACUUCGCAAGCAGCCUCAGCAUCAGAAAUAGUGAACUUUUAUGUUACUAUACACUUCUUUGGACAGAUUUCUAAAAUCAGUAGUAAGAUUAGGGAUAUGAUGUCAUGUUGUAACUUAUGUAUACUGUACACAGUCAAGGAAACAUGAAGAGAGUGAAAAAAUAAAAGAAAAGGAACAAUUGAAUGUUCUGUAACCAUAUGCAAAUUUACCUUUAACGUUAACAUUAUUGAGUUAAAGGUUACUUUUCUCUUCUGUUGCA